UAUCGAUUGUUGACGCCGGAAGUGACAGCAUGCUCUGUCACCCCACCCUCAUUUUCACCCUUCCCGGACCAACUACGCUGCCCUUCUGUUUUAUACGUCGUAUGUAAUAUCUUACACUACAUUUUACCAGGAAUGUUAAGAUUAUCGAUCAUACUGGAUGACUGAUAACUAGAAGAUAAGGAUUCUGUGACAAUCAGUAGAGUUACAGAAUAGCCCGCAUGGGCAAUGUUUUUGGACAAUACAGUAGGACGGAUGCCUUCGAUACCCACAAACUGGGCAAUUGAGUGAAUUCUGGAGAAUUUCUCGAAGUACGUCCAUAAUUAAAAUGUGAUUUAUUCACAAUCUCUAGAAUACUUUAAUUGUGUUGACAACCAGGAAAUUUGCCGCUUUGGUGUGUUUAGUGUCAUAUUUGGGCUUCAUUUGCAUGCUGUAUGCAAAUACAAGUUUUCGUCGAUACUACAGAUCAGAUUUUUUAGACGAUGAUAUAAUGAGCACAGAAAUGUUUUGAACUAUCUAUUCACCUUGAAAAUGAACAUGAAUACCAUGGUUGAAACCAGAGAAACUGUAAUGACUUGGAAUGAUAUUGGAAAGGCUUGGUAUGCUAAUUGGCAAUUAGCAGCCUUAAUUAUUAUAGGCGCAGUGGGACUUCUAACUGCUGUAGUGGUGUUACUAUGGCUCAAGAACCAGAUGUUGUCCACCAGCAAGCACAGGGAGCUAGCUGGUGGGAGAUCGGAAAGCCAGGAGUGGAUUUUUCACCCGGUUAUGAAACCACCCCUAGAAGCAUGUGAUUCAGCUGGAGUCCAACCUGUGUCCAGCCUUCCUUCUCUUCCAGAAGUGAUGACUAGGCAGGAGGAAAGAAGACCUGAGCCAAGACGCAUAAAGGCUAAAGGGUUGUUGGAACGAAGGGGCUCCUCAGCGAGUCUUACUAUAGAUCUGCAUCCGAGUCAGGAGAACUUGGCAUCAGUUGCGAUCCCUACAAGGGAAUGUACUGCUGAAGAAUAUUUAUUAUCUGCUGGCAAUGUUUUAAGUCGUGCACAAUUGAGAUCUUGUUUGAAAGACUGCAGAGUGUUGCACAGGGAAUUUUGGGAUAUACCUUCAAAUCAUCCUGAAAAAUCUGAAGUGGCUGGUAGUGGCACUAAGAAUAGAUACAGAUCGAUUUUGCCUAAUGAGAGAUCCCGUGUGAGAUUACCAUCUGCGAGUGAUGACUUAUUAGCAGGGUAUAUUAAUGCUAAUUAUAUAAGGGGAUACGAUGGCGAAGAACGAGCAUAUAUUGGUACUCAAGGCCCUCUUCCUCACACUGUUGCUGAUUUUUGGUUGAUGAUAUGGCAUGAAUGCUGCCCUGCAAUUGUUAUGAUUACUAAGUUUUGGGAAAAAGGUCGCCCAAAAUGUGAACAAUAUUUCCCACAAGGAGAACCAAACAGUGAAUCUGUUGUAUAUGGAGAAUUAACUGUUCAAGUUACCAAAAUUGUGAUUAGAGAUGGCUACACCAUUCGGGAACUGUUAGUUCAGCAUGGUGAAGAGAAACGACAUGUGUUACACUUUUGGUAUGACACCUGGCCUGACCACAAAACCCCGCCUAGUGCUCAUUCAUUGGUGGCUAUGGCCAGAGAAGUGGAGGGAAUGAGACAGCACCCAUUGUCUCCUGGAAGCUGUCCAGCUACUCCUCGGGUCAUCCAGGAAGGCCUUCUGAGGCAGCUGGACGAUGGGCCAGAGUGGCUGGCAGGGGGGCCGGUGGCAGUACAUUGCAGUGCUGGACUCGGCCGAACAGGUUGCUUUAUCGCUCUGUCUAUAGGAAUGUGCCAACUGUUAGAGGAGAACAAUGUGGAUAUCUUGGGCAUUGUGUGUCAAAUGCGUUAUGACAGGGGUGGUAUGAUUCAGACUGCAGAGCAGUAUGAAUUUGUUCAUAGAGCUCUCUGCUUAUUUGAACGAUCUUUGCCAGAUCAAUCUGGGGAAUGAAUUUCUUUAUUGUAGGAUGUACAACAACGUCCUGGAUGAUUUAUACUUACAUGAAGUUGUUAUGGAGACCCUGGUGUCUUUAAUAGGCCAGUAAGCUGUGUUUGUGCAGGCUAUGGUACUACAAAAUAAAAUGCAUAGUACAAAAAAAUAAUAUUGUUAGGUUUAAAUGAAACCUUACCUAAUGAUAACCAGAUGUAUUCACUGUGGUGUAAUCAAUGUACUUCUGGAUGUGGAUUGUGAAGUUGGGUAUUUGUAAGCUCAAAAUGAGGUUCAAAAUAGCACCUUGAAUUGUUACCUGUGGAAAUUACUUAAAUUACUUUGCAUUUCUUUUUUUUUUAGUUUGUUUCCUUCAACAAAAUGAAACAAUUAAAAUAUUUUUCUUUUACAUGUGUGCGUUUUAUGCAAUCACAAGCAAGUUGUUUUUAGAACAAUUGACAAAACAGAAAUCCAUAUCCAAUCAAAGCUUAUACAUGUCUUAAUGUGUCAAAAAUAAAGGAUACAUCAGAGAUAAAUUCAAGUAAAGGAGACUUAGAAAUAAAGGAUAUUGUACCUUGCUUACUGAGGAGAUAUUUUAUUUCUUGGGUAACACUUGGAUAAUGCAUUCUUACGAGGAGGAUCUGUGGCACAAUCUAUUAUAAUUCUAGUACAAUCAAAUUGUUUUGGAGACAUUUUAUUUAUUUAGGUUUUUAUCAGAUAUCAUUUACUUUUGUAUUCAGUUCAAACAAGUUACUUGUUUCCUCAUUGGUAUUUUAAUUGCUUUGAAAUAUUAGAUUUAAGACCGCUAUGACUCCUGAAUGUUUUCUUCGUUAUCAGAAAAUAGAGACAGCAUAAGAAACACGCACAUAGUGAAACAAGUAAAUAUAAGCAUAACGAAGUGUGUGUUUAUGUGUGUAUUAUUUAUUUGUGAAGCUGCAAGUACAUUUAUUUUUGUGGAGUACAUAAUCGUAAUGUAACAAAAUGUACCUAUCUAAUGUAUGUGAGCUUUAAAAUAUUUUUUUCUAUUUGUCACAUGAGCCACAGUACAAGUCUUCAUUACAUUCUAUAUUUCAUUAAAUAGGUUUUGUAGUGCUUUUUAUCUAUUGAAGAAAGAAUUGGGGGAAAACAAGGAAUGAUUUUUAUUAAAUGAAGCUGCCUAUGCAAAUAUGUGCCAAAACAUUAAUGAAACUUUUCCCAUUUGCAAGAUGGUGAAUAGGCUUUGAAAUAGAAGAGAAAGUUACUGACAAUCCAAGAACUAAGUCUUUUUUUAACUCCUUGUAUUGUCACUUCUUCUGUUUCUCUUCUCUUCCUCUUCUCCUUCUUCUUCUAAUCAUCAUAACACAUUGUCCUAGUUUGAUAAUGACCAUGUGAAAUUAUGCAUUUUGAAAAUGCUUUUCUUGAUAACCAAACUCUUUCACACAUUUGCAAUAUCCUGAUUUUGAUAUCUGUAUUUUCCCUUGUUCUCUUUGUGGGUAAGAAAAUGGGACUGGACAUAUAUUUAUGAUAUAUUUUGAAUGAGCAACACGUAUUGUACAAGUUCUGAUUUUCUAUUGAAGUAUUUUUUAUGGGACCAUCUAUUGUGUUUACAUACUUUGUUUCUUAGAGCUUAGUGUUACUUUAGCACACUAUGUAAUUUGGUCUUCUUUUGUAUUUAAUAUGUGAAAUUGUGGAAAAAUGCUGAUAUUUUUUUUCAAACUCUUCUAAGGGCUAAUCCUUUUUCUGAAUUUGUCAAAGAAAAAAUUGUUGGUAGCUUUAAUCCCUAUAAAAUGUUGUAGGUUAUAGGAAAUUGAAAAGUAUUCUUUAGCAGAACAUUAAUGUAUUUUAUAUACCUUGCCUCUGUUUCACUCCAAAAUAUUAAAUUUUAUUAAAAGUCAUGUUACUGUAAUGAAAGUUUAUAAUUGUUAGGUAAUGCUAUUAUUUUAUUAAAAUGUUGGUUGCCGCAAAUGUGUAUUGCAAGUUGACUAAUAUUUGUGUAAAAUAUAUUCAGUGUUGAAUAUCGUUUUCUUGAAACAGUUUGGAUCAUAUUAGUAUGAGAAAGGAGUUUUAAAAGAAUAAAGAGAAUCUAUGUUCGCGAUAAAGUCCUGGCAGACAACUUAAAAAGGAAGUACCAUUUUCUUGUUGCAUUUCACUGUAAGGAAUGUCCCUCUGUGAUAUAGGUUUGUAUUCAUAUAAAACAAAUUAAGAAUAAAACACACAUAAUAACUCCUGUUAUUGGUGUAACUGUUAAUGUUCUUAGUAUGUAUUUUGUUUAAGUAUUAACUUUUCAAAUGUAAAUUAGUGCUAUUUAUUUUUAAAUUGUACACCACAACCUUUCAGUCUUCGCGUCUUUCUUGGCUUUACAGGACCGGCUCAAGGAUUUUUUAGGGUGGGGAGAGGACUAUUUGUGGGUUCAACAUUUUCUCUUAAAAAAUAAUAUAAAUGUUAUUUCUCAGAAUAAGUAAAUUGUGAAAUAUUUCCAUGGGUACUUUCUGCAGCAUUUCUUCAAAAAUAAUUAUUUAUAAGACUUUUGUAUUGGUAAAUUGUAUUUGGUGUAUGUAUAAAACAUAAACAUUUCUGUUCUAUUUUUCGUAUUUGGACUCUUCUGGACAUUUUGCAACAGCACUAGUUGUAAUAGUCUUAAGCCGGCCCUGAUAAUCAGAAUUAUUUAAGUACAAUGUGACGUUUUAUGUUUAAUAUAUUAUUAUUAUUCAUUACUGUUUAGUUAAUGAGAAUUAGUGUCAAUGAUAUGUGUAUAAUAUCUGUAAAUUUACAUGUUAAUAGCCUAUAGAUAUUUAGAUAUGUUUUGUCUGCAGGUUUUAUGUUCCUUAAAAUAGUAACUGAGUUCAUAGAUAAUUUAACUUUUUGUUAUGUGAAAUAUGUAAAUAAGUAGUGGUAAUAUUGGGAUGUUUGGAAGUAUUAAGAUUAUUAAACUAUCUGUGUUCAAAUCAUUAGUACUAAAUGUCUGGUGAAUAAAGUAAAUUAGCAAAUUUUUUAGGUAAAUGUUUAAAGUGCAAAUUAGCAUUUCAUAUUUCUAGUUUUGGAUAUUGAUGGUCCAUUUAUUCAGAAACAUGUUCAGGUUUGAGGAUUAAAAUGUUUUGGUAAACUUUAUGAAAAUGCAUUCUUUCAGGAUGGAAAAUAAUAUAAGUAUUGUACAAUAAUUAAUGUAUUUUCUGCAAGGUUGGAGAUACGCUCAUACAGAACAGGAAUGUCAUUGAUUGUUUUAUGAGUGGCUGGAAGUAUAGAUGAGACUGAAAAUUUAUUUCUUAAUUUGUCGUGCAAUAGAUUUUUUUGAGAAAGUUUAAUUUUUUUUACCAAUAAGCCUUUUUUCAGUACUUAAUACUGUAAUCAGAAUAGUGAAAAGUAUGAAGAGGUGAGUACUCUUCAUUAUAAUUUUAGACAUUAAUACAUUUUCUUCUCUUUGUAUACAAAAUUGAACAAAAUAGGAAUAAACAGCACAAUAAUGAAUUGUA